CGCUGGGCUAAGCUCACCCACUUCCUUUCUUUUCUUCCAUCCACCCUUCAACCACUAUGUCCUCUGCAAUCUGACACAUUGCCCUAGUUGGUGAACAUCAGAUCAUCACUCACGGGUACCAUAUCUUUCCCGGCACGUUAAUCCCGGAGUUUCUUCCCUUUAGGUGGCGGCUGGUACCCACCAACCCACUACCCCGAGCUUCCUCCUUCUGAUUCUAAUUGCGCGCACCCACCCACAGCCACAUGGGAAUCUGGCGGUCGCCGCCAUGCCAUCAGACAUCCAAGUCUUCGUGAAGUGGAAAGACCAGACUAUAUUUGCGGGGGAAGAUGUGGAAUGCACAAUCACCUUCAAGAACGUCGCGGAGACGAACGUGGAACCCCGUCAUGGGGGUCCGAACUCACAUCACAGACAAACAUCUCGAGCUACAAGCACCCAUUCCGAAUCAUUCUUCUCGCUGAAAUCGCCUCAGAAAUUCUUCUUCAGUCCGCACCGCCGAUCCUACUCAACGGCAACUAAGAAAAGUCCGUCGCACCGCCUUUCUUCCUCGGUGAGCUCGCCGUUGAUCGGUUCACACAGCUUCCCGCCUCCGUCCACGCCUCGUAAUAGCUCAGCCGCCAACGGCAAGCAUAAAAGAUCAGUCUCUAUACUCUCCAUUGAUAGCGAAGGCACCGGCGAGCCAACACCCCGAACAUCAUCACAAUUCAGCCGGCCACGACCGAGGGGCCAUGGACGCGCGGCGAGUUUACAAGUCUUGCCAAGGAGAUAUGAAGCAUAUGAGGAUCAAUCACCAAAAGUUGCAGGUGGACGCAGUCCCGUUCGCAGCUUCCUACCUACAGAGUCUCCGAUUCAUACAUCUACCGGGAACCCCCGAAUCGACAUCGACGGUCCGGAUGACACCAGUCGUCGAGGUUCGAACAUUUAUAAUCCUAAUCGAGCAAUUGAGCCCCCUCGUACGCCCGCGCGUCGCCCUCCACUAUCACCGAUAGAGUUCAAAUUCCCGCCGUCACCGGCAGCCGAUACGAAUAGCUAUACAGGCGUAUCAACGUUAACAUCCCCAAUCGAAGAGGACCCCGCUGCACCUAAGCUCCAUGGGAAAGAGCCGCCAGUAUUCACGGCGCCAGCUCAUCUGCCGCAACUCACAAAGAUCAUGUCAACUUCCAGCCUGGCUGGGAGCCACAGAAGUAGCGGAGAUUUCAACUCAAUCAGCGACAAUUCCUCGGAGACUCUGCAAUCUGAGUACACAAACUACUCCGCAACAGUGCCGCGCCCGCCUAUCGUCUCGCGUCAUGCACGACAUGUGUCUAGCAUGGAAUCGCCGGGGCUUUCACCUCACAGCCAGACACUGCUCAUGGGCUAUGCGCAGAUCAGCGCUUCGUUUACAGUGGACGGUUCUCUGAUUCACCAGUCGUACUUCGAGGAAGUCAAGCGGAAAGGUGUGGUCGGGGGAUUGGGAAGCGGAGCUGCUAUGGCCAGUGGGAAGUCGGCCGCAAACGAAGAGAAGAGUCGUAAAAGUGGUGGCUUCUGGGGUGCUUUCAAGUGGAACGCAAUUGAGGAGUCUCUCAGUGGCCUCCUCUCAAACAACGAACUGGAUGGCUUGCGGGAUAUGCGGGGCGUCUCGUCAUCCCGCUCGAUACCCCUACUUUCCACCACGCAGUCGCUUCUUUUUGUGGAUUUGCGACUGGCGCCUGGAGAGGAGCAAUCUUACUCAUUCUCAUUCACUCUGCCGAGCGGCCUGCCAGCCAGUCAUAAGGGCAAAGCGAUCAAGAUAUCCUACAACCUGGUCAUCGGCACGCAAAGGCCGAGUAGUCGUAACGAGCCGCAGCGGGUAAAUCGCAUCAGCAUACCUUUCCGUGUAUUUAGCGGGGUGAACGGGAAAGGAGAUAUCAUGGGCCAUGAUUUGAUGAGCCCGUAUGUACUGCUCCGGGACGAAGCCCGGGUACAGAGAGUUGGCACGAAUCCAGCCCCAAUUGUGAAGUCCAAAAGCAUUAGCGGGCCCACUUGGACGUCGGCCCCGGAAUUCCUGUCAUACGUGGACGAUAUCCUUGAAAAAGCCUCCCGUAACAACUCGCUGCACCCACCCGGAGCUUCUUCAGAGCAACGAGCAAGUUACGAUCCGGCAGCCGGCCGACUGUCCUGCAAGGAUGCGAUCGAUCUCGCCAUCCUUCGGAGCAAUCAAGCGCUCAACACUUCUCGUAGCCCCAAUCGGUUCGAGAUCGCCCGCAAUGGGCGUCGAAUUGCGGUGGUUGUACUGAAUCGCCCAGCCCAUCGACUAGGCGAGACAAUCAUAGCGACCGUCAACUUUACGGAUGCUGCAGUUCCUUGCUUCGCUCUACGAGCCACCCUGGAGAGUUCUGAGCGGGUUGCCCCGGGUCUGGCCCUUCGAUCGAAUGCGAGCAUCCGUCGUGCGACUCGCAAGGUCCAUGCCUCGUAUUUUGAAAACACGCUCUAUGCGACGCGCGUGGUCUUCAGUCCGGCGAUUCCGGUCUCCGCGACACCCACGAUCCUGACCACAGGAGUAAAUCAUGAAUGGGAACUUCGUUUUGAGUUCGUCACCAGCAACGCGCCCGAUGGGUUAGCGCCGUCGGGAUCGCGGUUGUUAGAGGUGGUAUCUGAAGACGAGCGCGGACAGAUCAUGUCCGCCUUGGAAAAUCUUGGGUGCGAGUCCUUUGAGAUUGCCAUUCCGAUCACGAUCUACGGAGAGACGGUCCGAGAACGGCUGCCAGAAGAAAAUGAAGGAUACGCUAUCUGAAAUAAGCUCUAGUGACCACCAGAUGAGAAAAUUCCAUGAUUGUAUGACGUCGCCCUUUAGGAUUGCGAGAUUCUCCUUAGACCCAAACGACGUAAUGGGAGGAAUCUUCCCUGCAAGCUCAUUAUAAUGAGCAUUUCCUUGCGGCCCGAUGGGAUCACCGGGGCAACGGACGGGGCGUUUGACUACUUGGGAGUUGGG